CCGGUACCAGAACUCAGUCUGCGCGCGGCGCUCGCAGGGGGCGGAUAUAUGCGCUCCCCCGCCCUGGAUUAUGUGCUGCCCUGCCGUCAAUCACCGUGAAGAAAAUGCUUUGAGGAGACCCGCGUGAGGCAGACCCGGGGUGACCAUGAGCGGGGGGUACGAUGGCAAGAUCGCGGGGCUCUACGACCUGGAGGAGACCCUGGGGCGUGGCCAUUACGCCGUGGUCAAGCUCGCCCGGCACGUCUUCACCGGGGAGCGCGUGGCCGUCAAGGUAAUCGACAAGAUGAAGCUUGACGAGAUGUCCCGCGCGCACCUGUUCCAGGAGGUGCGGUGCAUGAAACUGGUGCAGCACCCCAAUGUGGUGCGCCUCUAUGAGGUCAUCGACACCCAGACCAAGCUCUACCUCAUCCUGGAGUGGGCAGAUGGUGGAGACAUGUACGACUAUAUCAUGAAGCACGACCGGGGGCUGGACGAGGGUGCGGCGUGUCGGUACUUCCGCCAGAUCGUGCACGCCAUAAGCUUCUGCCACAAGCUCCACGUCGUUCACCGAGACCUCAAGCCGGAAAAUGUUGUCUUCUUCGAAAAGCUCGGACUCGUCAAACUCACCGAUUUUGGCUUCAGCAAUAAGUUUUGUCCGGGGCAGAAACUCGAGACCUCCUGCGGCUCGCUGGCUUACUCUGCCCCUGAGAUCCUGCUUGGGGACUCCUAUGACGCCCCUGCUGUGGAUAUCUGGUCUCUGGGUGUUAUUCUGUACAUGCUGGUGUGUGGCCAUGCUCCGUUUCAAGAGGCCAAUGACAGCGAGACCCUCACAAUGAUUAUGGACUGCAGAUACACCAUUCCAGAACAUGUCUCUCGGCCCUGCAAAGACCUGAUAGCGCGCAUGCUGAUUAGGGACCCCGGUAAGCGCUCCACCCUAGAGGACAUCGCGCGGGACCCCUGGCUGGUGCAGGACGAAGGCAGCGAGGUGGAUGUGGCGGAGUUGCUGCCCUUAGUGUCCCGGCAGCAUUUGACGGAGGAGGAUCAUGCACAUAUUAUACACAGAAUGGUCUCCGGAAACAUCGCAUCCAUGGAGGAGAUACUGGACGGCCUGGAUCGCAAUGAGUACAGCCACAUCACAGCCACCUACUUCCUGCUGGCCGAGAGGAAGCUGCGGGCCCACCGACUCCAGCAGGCGAACCUGGCCAAGGCUUCCUGCACCAGCCCAGUCAUGAGUGUCAGGAAGGGCGGAGGCAGCUUGGAUGAGAGCAGUUCAGAGUCAUCCGGGUCAUCAUCCGGAGACACCCCCAAGCCUGCCAUCCAGCCGGGCAUGUCCAAGGAUGACAUGUCCAAUGGGGUACUCCAUAGCAAGCUGUCCGAGGUGCGUGGCGGUGCGCGCAUCCGGACGUUCAGCAUCCUGGAGGAGGAAGAGGAGGAGGAGGAGGAGGAGGACGCGCGGGACGAGGGCGACGCGGUGGAGCGCGGCCAGCGGUCCCGCAGCGGGUCUCGCAGUGGCUCGAGGAGCGGGUCCCGCAGCGGCUCGAGGAGCGGGUCGCGGAGGGGGUCGCGCGCGUCGUCGUCGUCGUCGCUGAAGGACAAGUGCGUGCGCGACAUGAAGCUGGACCUGUCGCUGCUGCACCGCCUGGAGUGCGUGCGGCGCGGCAGCAGCGGCGCGGCGGGGCCCGCCUCGCUGCACGGCUCCCUGCAGGGCUCCGCCGCCACCUCGCCCUCCGCCGAGGACGCCGCCAUGCCGCUGCCGGAGCCGCCCUUCCCGCCCUCCUCAAACAUCGGCCUGGGCCGCGGCAGGGCCAAGAGCGCCGGCACCUCCCCCGCCACCACGCCGCCCUCCAGCCUCACCCACACCCCGGCGCCGCCGCCGCUCUCCGCCUCCGCCGCCGCCACCACCAGCCUGCCGCCGCCCACGCUGCCGCCGCCGCGCAUCACGCCGCAGUCCUCGGUGUCGUCCUCGCCCACGUCGCAGGCGUCGUCGCCCUCGUCGCCGGGGCCGCCGCCGCUGCCGUCGUCGCCCAAGGCCAGCGGGGCCGCCGCCGCCGCCGCCGCGGCCGGCCAGGCGGGCUUCGUCAACCACAAGUUCAAGACGCUGCCGUCGCCGUCCCGCCGCCUGCACUCCGUCCGCUCCUCGCCGCAGCUCAUGCUCAACGAGAUCUUCGAGGAGGGCGAGAGCGACGGCGAGGGCGGCGGCGGCGGCGGCCCCGGUGGCCUGCGCGGCGGCCCCAACGGCAGCACCGGCGGGGCGGGCGGCGGGGCGGCGGCCUCCCCGGGGGUGGUGCGCCGCCGCCGCCUGGCGCGGGCGCGCACGGCAUCCUGCUCCUCGUCGGAUGCCUCGGACGACGACAGCGACGCCCGCAAGCGGCGGCAGCAGCGCGCGCUGGUGCGGCACCUGACGCGCGAGGCCGACGAGCCGCCCGAGGACCCCGGCGCCACGCCGCCGCCGCCGCUCCUGGUGGCCCCGCCCCACGAGGACCACGACAGUCUCAGCCCGCCCGCGGGGGAGGGCGGGGCGGGGCGCGGCGGCCGGCCACUCUCGGCGGCGUGCGACGAUGACCCCAAGGAGAGCGGCGGCGGUCCCGGCGGGGGCCCCGGCGGCGGCGGUGGUGGCGGGUCCACGGAGAACGUGCUGGACAUCGACACCACGCUGCGGGAGAGCCGCUCCCUCAACUGUAUCGUGCAGGCCAGCGGGGCCGAGGCGGCAGCGGCGGGGGACCGGGUGGGGGACGCGGGGGAGGGGAACGACGCGGCGGGGCGGGGCAACACAGACAGGACUGAAAGGGAACACACAGCGCGGGGGGAGGGCGCGGCGGGGUCCGGGGUGGGGGGCGGGGGCUCCAGCGUGACGGUGUCCACGGACAACGUGACGACCAUCUACAUAGAGGGCGCCGGGCGGGGCGGGGCGGGGCCUGGACCUGCGGGGGACCGGGUGGUGAUCAGGGUGACGGACGAGGACCAGGAGUGCCCCGCCCCGCCCCUCGUCGCCCCCGCCCUGAGCCCCGCGGCGCCGCGCCCCGUCACGGCCAGCGACGUGGUGGUGGGCGUGGUGGAGGCCCCACCCCGGCCCCGCCCCGCCUCGGACACGCCCCCGCUGGACUCGCCCCACGGCCCCGCCAUCACCAAGUCCGCCUCACACCUGGACACCCUCAGUGGCUUCGGGGUGGGGCGGGGCGGGGCGGGGCCGCCGCUCCGCCCCAGCGCCACCAACGGCUCCCUGGGGCCCCGCCCGCACUACCCCGUGGACAUCAACCAGAACGCCGGGGCGGGGCGGCACAAGAGCCGGGGCGAGCGGGCCAACGGGGCGCUGGCCAUUCAGGGGACCUCCAAAUGCUGCAGCCUGUCCUGAGCGCUGCCCCGCCCCGCCGCCCCGCCCCGGACCAGCCCCCGCCUCUCGCCCCGAUGAGAGGGAGAUACACCCCCCUGCCCCCCAUCCUGCGCCCCACCUCACCCCCUCAAACACCCUGACCAAACUGUACCUGGGCCUAGUCUGACCUACCCUGACCCCGCCCCGCCCCACUCCUUGCCCCGCCAUAACCAGCUGUUCCCUUUCCUCCCCAAACCCCUAACCUGUCUUAACCUUCCCUAUCCCCUUACUGCCCCCUCGCCCCGCCCCUUCGCCCCGCCUCCGCCCCGGCACUUGUUUUGUAUAUAAGAAUAUUUAAAAAAGACAAACACACACACGCACACUCAAACACGUCGAACAAACACACUAACACACACUUAUUAACUACCACAAUAUCUCCUAGCUACUUAUCAUAUGCUCUCCCCCUCUUUCCUAACCCCCCUCCCCCCCCCAUGUUAUAUCCUGGCAGGCUCCAGGAUACGCGCCGCUCCCCCCCCCCCCCCAUCACCCCCCCCUCCCCCCCUGUGAAAGAUUCUGUAAUACUGUGACACUUGCAUUUAAAAGUGGGACAAAGGAGAUUGAAGAGGAGGAGGAGGAGGAGGAGGAGGAAGAAUUGAGAGAGAGGAAAGGAAGGAAAGGAAAGAAAGUGAAGGAGAGAGAGAGAAAGAGAGAAGGAAAGGAAAAAUAUGAGAGUUUGUGAAGAAGGGAAAGAAAAGAAAGGAAGGAAAAAGAUUAAAGAGAGAGAGAAGGAAAAGGAAAGAAAGGAGAUGGAAGGAAGGAAAGAAAAUGAGAAAAACUAUUAAUAAUAAAAGGAAGAGUUAGAUAAAUUAAAACAGUUUGUGAUUGAAAAGAAAGAAAGAAAGGAAGGAAGGAAAUGGAAGGGACAGGAAUGAAGUGAGACAGAGAAUGGAAGGAAGGAAGGGAAAGGAGUGAACUGUGUAUGAGAGGAAGGAAGGAAUGAAGGAAAGAAGGAAGGAAGGGAAAGGAAAGGAAGGAAGUAUGUGAGAGAAAGGGAAGGAAGGAAGGGAAAGGAAAGGAAAGGAAGGAAGGGAGGAAGAAAGGAAAGAAGGAAGGAAGGAAGGGAUAGAAAUAUAGCAACAGAAGGAAAGGGAAGGAGAAAACAAGAAUGUGUCCAGAAAGAAAAGAAAGAAAAGAAGGAAAAGAAGAAGAAGAAGAGGAUAUUUCUACAUAUGAAAAAUAAAAAAAUUAAAAAGUUGAAAAAUUAUGACAUGAAAGAAAUUUGAAUGAAGGAAAGGAGGAAGGAGAAAUGGGUAACCAGAGAAGAAGUGAAUGAAGGAACGAAGAAGGAAGGAAAGGAGAAAGAACAUAGAUGGAUAAAAUUUAGUGAAGGAAGGAAAGAAGGAAGGAAACAGUAAUAGUGAGUUUAUGAAGGAAGGAAAUAGGAGAGAAUGGAAUGAAGGAAGGAAGGAAGAAGAAGAAAAGAAGAUAAUUGAAAGAGAGAGAGAGAGAGAAACUAGUGAUAUAAGUGAAAGAAAGAGAGAAAACUAGAGAGAGAGAGAGAGAAACUUCAUAACCAAAGAAGAAGAAAAAAAUGCUAUGGAUCUCACCACACACACACACACACACACACACACACACACACACACACAAGAUAGCUAAAUAUAUAUAUCAGCAAAAAACCCCAGUUAAAAAAAUGAACAAAAAAAUAUAAAUAAUAAUAAUAAUAACAAUAAUAACAAUAAUAAUAAUAAUAAUAAAAGUAUCCCUCGUCACCCUUGUCAAGCGCCCCCUAAUAAUAAUAAUAAUAAUAAUAAUAAUAAUAAUAAUAAUAAUAAUAAUCUUGUAUACAGAGGAAGAAAAGGGACUCGGCAAAACGGCUCAUAUUUUUGUACGCUAUCGACGCAUUGCUGUUCAGACCUCAUUGUAAAUAUAUUCCCCCUCCCCCCCUUUCCUCUAACCCCAAACCCCCCUUUUUUGACCUCCUCCCCCCUCUUCUGUCUCUCCCGUAACCCUUUCACUCCUUUCAGAUUUUUUUUUCUAAUUUAUUUCAUCUAAUUUUCUUUCCUACUCCGCUUCCUUCUCUUCUUUCUCUUCUUUUCUUCCUCUAUGAUAUUUUUCUUCUUUGAAUUUCUUUUCUAAUUUAUUUUAUCUCAUUCCUGUCUUUCUCCUCCUCCUCCUCCUCCUCCUUCUUCUUCUUCUUCUUCAUCUCUCUACCUCCUCUUCUCUCUACCUUUCUAUCAGUUUCUUUCUUUCAUCUUCUUUCUCUCUCCCUCUUCUUCCUCCUCCUUCCUCCCUCUUCUUUUUUUUGUUUUCUUUCAUUUUUUUAUCUUUUUCCUUCCUUCCUUCCUUCCUAUCCUUCCUUCCUUCCUUCAUUCAUUCCUUCUUUCUCCUCCUCCUCCUUCAAUUUCAACCUCCUCCCCUUCCUACCCUCCUCCUCCUCCUCCUCCCUCCCCCUCCCCCCAAAUAUGUUAUUAUAGGGGGCCAUAUGUGUGUAUUUGUGUGUGUGUGUGUGUGUGUGUGUGUGUGUGUGUGUAGGAGAGAACUAUAAAUAUAUCAUCUACGCACAUACGCAUACCUAUUAUCAUGUGCGUAUGUGUGUGUGUGCGUAUGUGUGUGUGUGUGUGUGUGUGUGUGUGUGUGUGUGUGUUUAAUUAUCUGUUUAGUUUGUAUAUUCAUUAGUUCAUUUCUUAGUAUAAUGUUGUAUGUUAUUGUUAUUAUUAUUAUUAUUAUUAUUAUUAUUAUUAUUAUUAUUAUUAUUAUUGUCAUCGCUAGUCAGAGCUAGUCGUUAUUAAUGGUUCUCUCUCUCUCUCUCUCUCUCUCGCUCUCGCUCUCGCUCUCUCUCUCUCUCUCUCUCAUUAUAUAACUUUUCAUUCCUCCAAGUCUUACACACACACACACACACACACACACACACACGAACACACACACUUUCCCUUUUAUUUUUAUCCGUAAUUGUACAUAUAAAAAAUAAUAAUUAUAAUGCAUAGAAAGUAAUUAUACCUAGGUCAUUUUAUUAUUAUUAUUAUUAUUAUUAUUAUUAUUAUUAUUAUUAUUAUUAUUAUUAUUAUUAUUAUUUCCUCAUUAAUUUGCUAAGUUCAAUUUCUGUACCAAAGCAACAAAUUAAGCUUAAAAUAAUGACCUGCUAAUGUAAUGAUCUUGCCUUAAUUAUCAUUAUUAUUAUUAUUAUUAUUAUUAUUAUUAUUAUUAUCAUUAUUAUUGUACUUAAAUUCUACAAUCUUUAGUUUUUUUUCCUAGUCUGUUAUUUAUUCAGUUUUUCUCUCUCUCUCUCUCUCUCUCUCUCUCUCUCUCUCUCUCUCUCUCUCUCUCUCUCUCUCUCUCUCUCUCUCUCUCUCUCUCUCUCUCUCUCUCUUAUGUAUAUUUGUAUGUGUGUGUAAAUAUAUGUAAAUUUCUUGUGUUUAAUUAAGUCUAUGGAACAUGCAAGUUUGUUUUAUUACCUCUAUUAUUAUUAUUAUUAUUAUUAUUAUUAUUAUUAUUAUUAUUAUUAUUAUUAUUAUUAUUAUUAUUAUUAUUAUUAUUUUUAUGGGUUAGAUUUGUUUCAGUGCAUAUGAGGAUGGUUUCUUUCUCUCCUCCUCCUCCUCCUCCUCCCCCUCCUCCUCCUCUUCCUCCUCUUCCUCUCCCUCUCCCUCCUUUCCUCUCUUCCUUCCCAUCUUUUCCGUCACUAAGAAAAUAAUAAUAAUGAUAAUAAUAGUAGUAGUAGUAGUAGUAGUAUCGUUAGUAUUUACAUAACUAACUAACGUAACCAAUAGAUAUACCAAGCUUUCCCAUACACUAAUAAUGAUAAUAAUAAUAAUAAUGGGGUUUAUCAGGGGGCGGCUUGUCUAGGUGAGUCAUCCCUGAAGUGUGUUUGUUUACAUUGGUUUUCUGUGAGUCAUCGUGUUUACCUUUUGGCGGCGGUGGUGGUGGUGGUAGUGGAGGGCUAUUUUGAUACUGCUGCCACUACUGCUACUACUACUACUACUACUACUACUACUACUACUACUACUACUACUACUACUAUUACUACUAUUACUACUACUACUAUUACUACUACUACUACUACUACUACUACUACUACUACUACUACUACUACUACUACUACUACUACUACUACUACUACUACUACUACUACUACUACUACUACUACUACUACUACUACUACUACUACUACUACUACUACUACUACUACUACUACUACUACUACUACUUCUACUACUACUACUACCCCAAUUUCUACUACUAUCUGUUAUUUCAGUAUGUUAUUAUUUGGAAAUAUACUUUAAAUUACUCCUACUACUACUACUACUACUACUACUACUACUACUUCUUCUAUCUUUGUUAUAAUAUAGUACGUUAAAAUUUGGAAAUAUACUUUAAAUUACUACUACCACUACUACUACUACUACUACUACUACUACUACUACUACUACUACUACUACUACUAUUACUACUACUACUACUACUACUACUACUACUACUACUACUACUACUACUACUAUUACUACUACUACUACUACUACUACUACUACUACUACUACUUCUUCCUUUUUAUUUUUUUACUAAUACCAAUACUAACUUUUUUUCUACCAUACUACGAGAGAGAGAGAGAGAGAGAGAGAGAGAGAGAGAGAGAGAGAGAGAGAGAGAGAAAGCUUUAUUUUUCAACGAUACAUUCCUAUAUAAAAAAAAUAUCUUGUAUGAUCAUUUUUAUUUCUUUAUUUUAUUUGAGGUGGAAACUAUUGACUAUUCUCUGACAUAAAUAGUUUGAUAGUUAGGUAUAGUUAAGUGUUGUUGUUAUAAUAGUGCUUUCAUUGUUUGUUUAUUUAUUUAUUUUGAUGUGGAAGUAAAAUAAUAUAAAUAAAACCGGUUAAUUAAAAAGUACUCGUCGGAUUUUUUAAGAUAAAGCAAAAAAAAUAAUCAAAAAAAUAUAUACACAAAUACUUAGACAUAACAAAUAACAUCAAAAACAAUAACAACAACAUUCUUACUGGCUUUAACAAAACUGAAAAUAACUUGAAUAACAAUGAAAACAUAUGAUUUAACUCACUGCUAGGCUCGUUCACGCUAACUAGGCGAAGAGGCCCCGCCCACUACACACCAAGCAGCCAAUCACAGCUAUCGGGGAACUGGGAUUAAGAAGUAAGGGGGAGGAGCUUAUUGAAAAAGGGGCGGAGUUUUUGAAAGGGAAAUGGGUUUGUAGAGAAAAGAGGGUGGAGUUUAAUGAAAGGAGGCGGAGCUUAUGGACAAAAGUGGGCGUGGCUUAAAGGAAAUGGGCGUAGUUUAUGAAGUCGAAAAUGCAGGGAAUGUAUAAGAAAGGGGAAGAGUUUUUAAAGGCUUAGGGGAGGGUUUUGUAGAGAAAGGGGAGGAGCUUAUACAAAAAGUGGGCGUGGCUUCAAGAAAAGGGGCGGAGCUUACGUACAAAUGGGCGGUGAACGUGAGAGAAAAGUUGAAUAUUUUGAAAGGUAAAAGAAAAAGGGGAGGAGCUUAUAUAGAAAAGAGGGCGUGGCUUAGCAAAAAAAGGGGCGGGGCCUAUUCGCCAAGCUAUCCUGAACAGAACAUAGAUUUAGAGGAUACAUAACACAUAGAACGCUUAAAAGUGCAUCCAGUUGUUAGUUUGGGGUCAACAUUUCUAUUCUCUUAACCUUUUCAUCGCCAGUUAAAAAAAAUAAAUAAAAACUUGCUUGCGAAGGUCUAUAUUAUUGUUAUCGGAGACGCUGUUUGCUUGCGCUGGGACGUUUUGGUUCUUUUGUGAAUAUGAUUUACGAAGAAAGAAAGAAAGAAAAAUAAAGAGAGUUAAUAAAUAUAA